GUUCACUCAGAGAGGAAGAGGCGAAGCAAGAGGGGUAACUUAGGCCAAAAUCUGUCUACUCCGGCAUGUGGCGUUUCCGCUCACCAAGCGAGGAGUUUUUGUAUGGAGGUCAAUGAGUGUCGAAUUUGGUUAACAAAAAGUUGAAUGGUUUAUUUGCUACAUGUGGCUUAUUUGAUAUAAUCGAAGUUUUGAAAUGCGUGGUUUGUUACGCGUGUACUGAAAUACGUAGGACACGUGACAUCCUGGCAACUUUGAGAAAAAAACACUUCAUAUCGGAGUUGCGCGUGUUGUUCACUCAAGUUUAGCCCUCUCAUUGGCUAGAAUGGUCCCACAUGAUCUUGCCUCCUCCGACUGCCUUCCUUUUUUUGAAAACAUAUCGUUUCAUUGUUAGAGCGGCCACUAGAGUAUCUGGUCAAUAUAAUGGAUCAUUUUUUGGUUCACUCCAUAACUGUGUGUGGAUAAAUAUGUGGUUCUCUGGUAAUACAGUUACUGUGCAUUAAGAAAGUCUACACUGACAUGUAGUCUCUACAAAACAAGAGGUCGUACUGGUGCUUUAGCUUGAUGAAACAGCCGGCUAUGUCUCGACAUAUCCAUAUAGAGGCGUCCGGCGAUGAUGCAGCACGAGUGCCACUUCUCACCAGCCACCUGGAGCUAGCUAGCCUCGACUCGGAUGAAGGUGAAGUUAUUUUUGAGAGGAGUAUUGGAGAUAAUGCAAAUGAUGUUCAGAGAAGUACACAAAGAAAACGAACAUAUGAGGAAGCUGUUGAGGACGCAGGUUUUGGUUUGUUCCAUGGGCUCCUGUUGGUGGUGUGUGGAUGGGCCAAUGCCAGUGAUGCGGUGGAGAUCCUGUGUGUUUCUUUUCUGCUGCCCACUGCCCGCUGUGACCUCCAUCUCAGCACCUCAGACAUGGGGUUACUGACGGCCAACAUUUUCCUCGGAAUGAUGAUAGGUGGGUACAUGUGGGGUUACCUGGCUGACCAGAGGGGGCGCCAGAAGGUCUUGGUGAUGUCCCUGACAGUGAACGGAGUGUUUGGAGCGCUGGCCAGCUUUGCCCCCAGGUUCUGGCUCUUCCUUCUACUACGGUUCAUCAGUGGUGUAGGGGUGGGAGGUUCAAUCCCGGUCAUCUUCUCCUACUUUUCAGAGUUUCAGCCCCGGCUGAAGAGAGGGGCAAUGAUAAGUGCUCUGGCCACCUUCUGGAUGGCAGGGAAUAUUCUGGCAGCAGGCCUGGCGUGGUUGGUCAUUCCCCGGACCUGGGUCCGCUUUUCUCUGGGUGGGCUGGACUUCCAGAGCUGGAGGCUGUUUGUGGUGCUGUGCUCUGUCCCCAGCCUCACAUCGGCACUCAUCUUCAGUCUGGCCAUGCCUGAGAGCCCCCGGUUCCUCAUGGAGGCUGGCCGUGAGACAGAAGCACUACGUGUCUUCUGCAGGAUGUUUGCAAUAAACCACAGAGGCAGUCUCAAGACCUUCUCAAUUUGUGGGCUGCAUAUCCCUUCUGAGAAGAAAGAGAGGGAGACUAGGAGAGGUGGAACAUACACUCAGCGCUUUGUCAACCUCCUCAAACAGGUCUUGGCACCAAUAAGACAGCUGUUUGUUGGAGAGUUGGCCUCUAGAAGUGUAUGUCUGGUCGUUAUAUUCUACUGCAUCUCAUUUGGAUACUAUGGUCUGUGGAUGUGGUUCCCAGAGCUUUUCAAGAGAGCAGAGGAUGGAGGCUCACCUUGUGCCAACGUGUCUCGCUUACAAAGCCAUGACAACCAAAGCUGCUACCCAGUCAAAACGGCAGUGUACAUGGAGGGCUUUGUCACUGCAGCCUCAAACCUACCAGGGAACAUCUUCACCGUUCUCCUAAUGGAUGUCAUUGGAGGAAAGGCCCUGCUUUGUUGCAGCCUAUUGUUGUCCAGUGUGAGUGUGUUCCUCAUCUACGAGGUGAAGACGAAAGCACAGAGUCUGCUCAUCUCCUGUGUUUUCAGUGGAGUGUCUGUGGUGGCUUGGAAUUCCUUGGACGUGUUGGGUACUGAGCUCUACCCCACCCAGCUACGGUCCUCCGCUCUGGGCUUCUUCACAGGAAUAGGCAGAGUGGCAGCCAUCAUGGGUAACAUAGUCUUUGGCCAGCUGGUGGACACCAACUGUGUGAUACCAGUUGUACUUGUGUCUGCUUUGCUGCUGACAGGGGGGAUCACUGCCUUGCGCCUUCCACGCACUAAACAAGCAGAGCUCACCUGAGGUCUCUGUGAAAAUGAAGUCCAGAAGACACUUUUUUCCCCCUGCUCGUAGUCCUCGCCAAGGGUUAUUCCCUGAACCUAGUCUACCUAGAGAUGCCUUUUUCCUAUCAUGACCAAAGAUAGACGUAGAAUAGAUUUUAUAAAACGGAUGUUGUGAAAUGCUGGAUUGCACAAGUGCACUUUGAGAAACCGUGUACCUUAAUGGUUUCUCAAUCAUUACAUCAUUGACCAGAGCUAAUAAUACAGUGAUCUACAAAAGUAUGGGGACAGUGACACAUUUUUUGUUGUGUAUUAAAAGUAGUCAAAAGUUUAGUAUUUGUUCCCAUAUUCCUAGCAUGCAAUAAUUACAUCAAGCUUCUGAAUCUACAAAGUUGUUGGAUGCAUUUGCUGUUUUGGUGGUUUCAUUUCUAUUGGUCACAAAAUAAUCAAUGGUAAAUAAUGUAUUGUCAUUUUGGAUGAACUUUUAUUGUAAAUAAGAAUAGAAUAUGUUUCUAAACACUUCUACAUUAAUGUGAAUUAGUGUUGCAUGGUAUACCGGUACCACAGUAAUAUCACCGUACAAAAACAUCAUGAUACCAACAUUUAUAGAUUAUCGUUUCAUAUAACACUACCACAUUUUUCAGUCCUACCGAUCUAAGGCACUGGCGCCUGUUAUAAAAUGUGUAUAAAGUCAGUUUUGUUUAUAAAUUCUGUAAAAAAAAAAAAA